UUUGCUCCUCCUCUUUUGUGGGUGGAUAUCCUAAACUUUGUUUCUUUCUUACUGUGUUGUUUGCAGAUAAACAGUCGGGCCAGUUAUGGACAAAGUGGACAAUCCCAUGGAAGAGCUCCAGAAGGCCGCCAUUUGCUCCAUCUGCCUGGAAUAUUUCAAAGACCCAGUCUCCAUACAGUGUGGGCACAACUUCUGCUUGCGCUGCAUCACAGAAUGCUGUGAGAAGGCCAAGAGACGGUUCUGCUGCCCUCACUGUCGAAGGCAAGCCUGCAAGAGGGAUUUCAGGCCCAACAGGGAACUAGCCAAUGUGGCCGAAGUAGCCAAGCGGUACAAGAUGCAAGCAGAAGAGGCGGCUGGAGAGAAAGCAGUGUGUGAGAGACACCGGGAGCCCCUCAAGCUCUUCUGCGAAGAUGACCAAGCCCUCAUCUGCGUCGUGUGCGAUAGAUCCAAGGACCACAGGGCCCACACCGUGCUUCCCAUAGAAGAGGCUGUCCAGGACUACAAGGAACAAAUCCAGAACCAGUCACUAAGUCUUAAGCAAGAAAGAGAGAGGCUGCAGGAACUUAAACAGGACACUGAGAGGAUGACUGGGGAGGUACUGGAGACGUUAAAUGCUGAAUGGAGGAAGGUGACCUCUGAAUCUGAGUUGUUACAUCAGCUUCUUGAAGAAAAAGAACAGGCUCUUCUGGACCAGCUGAAUGAGUUGAAGUUGGAAAUAAAGAAAGAGCAGAAGGAAAAUGACACUAAAUAUUCUGAGAAGAUGUCUCUUCUUGUGGACUUGGUCAGUGAGAUGGAGGAGAAGUGCAAACAGCCGGAUAGUGAAUUCUUACAGAAUGUCAAGGAUAUAUUAAGCAGAUCUAAGAAGAGACAUGUUCAUCUACUAUCAGAGACUCCUCUCGACUUAAAAAACAAACUCAAUAUAUUUGUUAAGAAUACUGUUUCUCUAGUGGACACUCUAAAGAAAUGCAAAGCAUCUUUAUUAACUGAACACCAAGAAAAGGAAGAGGCCGUGUCCUCAGCAAUAGCUAUAGCAAAUGUGACUCUGGAUCUGGACACAGCAGGACCCUACCUCAUCCUAUCUGACAACAGGAAGAGUGCAUGGUUGGGAAACAAAAGGCAGAAGCGUGCCAACUCUUGGGAACAGUUCAGCGUGUACCCCUGUGUGCUUGGCUGUGAAGGGUUUAUCUCAGGGAAGCACUCCUGGGAGGUGGAAGUGGUGGAAGAGGGCUGCUGGGCUGUGGGGGUGGCCAGGAAGUCCGUGAACAGGAAGACGAAAUUAAGAUUCCAUCCUGAAGAGGGGAUCUGGUCUUUAGAACACUUGGGGGCCAACCAUUACCGGGCCCUGACCUCCCCUCCAACCCCUUUGCACCCUACCAAGCCCUACAGAAGAAUCCUGGUCUGCCUGGAUUAUGAAGAAGGAGAGGUAGCAUUUUUUAAUGCUGAGAAUGGGGACCGGAUCUUUACGUUCCCCUCCAGCCUUUUUUCAAAAGAGAGACUUCAUCCUUGGUUAUGGGUGGGGCUCCGAUCCCAGCUCAGAUUACAUCCCUAGGUUGGCACAGACAAGAGCCUAGCAUUUUGUAUUGCAGUUAGAUUCAUGUACUAGAGUUAUGGAUCUGUAGCAGCUCCAUGUUCAGUGAGACUGUGUAGUCACAAUCUUGGCACUAUUUCUGUGAUCAGAAAUGCUACCUCAAACCCACCUUAGCAGCCAGCAGCCACACAGAAGAAAGAAGGUCAGUUCAGCUACUGUCUGGGGUGCAAGGAGGAUGACUUUUUCAAUCCCCUCCUGCUGGGAAGGGAUGCAAGAGAGGGGUCCCACUUUGACUGUGACAGCCCCACUUGCUGGUGGGAGCAGGCUGGAAAGUCAUAAUCCUUGUGCCUUGAUUGGCAGCUGAACAGAAGACCUCCUUUGUUCAAUGUGGCUGUUGGCUGUUAAGGUGAGCUUGGGUGGUCAGGCCAGCAGAUGUUAGCAUUCGUAACUAAGUAUACAAUGUAAAAGUGUCGGUGCCUAUUUUUGAAAUGACCAACACCAGCAGAAGUAAUGGCCAUUGAUUUUAUUGGUAGAGAAAAUGAGCCUGUACCAUCUGAGAAAAAUGCACCUGUUCUGUUUAGCAUAGCCCCUGUGCAAAGAUGACAUACAAAUUUGUGAAGUGUUCCAUAUUUUUAGUUUUAAAAUUUAAAUUUUAAUAAUGUUUUAAUCGUUUUAAUUGUUUAAUUGUUUUUUAAACAUUGUAGUUUUCAUGUUUCAUACAGUUUUAACUUAGACUGUUUUAAAUUUUGUCCCUGUACUGGGAGGAAGGCGGGAUAUAAAUAAUCUGUCCCCCCUACUCCUAGCACUGUACGUUUUUACCUUUCCAGACAUCUACAGCAUUGUGAUGGCAAACAGACUUCACAUCUAGUUUAAAUGCAAAUCUGUUUAUGCACUUCCAUUUUAAGUUUUAAAAGCUACAGGAGCUUGUUUCGAUGGCCUAAAAGCUACCUGUUGAGAUCCAAGGCAGGGCUUGGAGAACCAUGGCUUUUGAGCUGUCGCUGGACUGCAACUCUCAGCAUCCCUUGCCUUUGGCUAUGUUGGCUGGUGGAAACUGCAGUCCAAAAAUCUCUGAAGGGCCUUGCUCUAGGGACAGCUAGAUGACCUAUAGGUAUACCAAAGGUGAGAAUGGUGUAGAUCUCCAGAUAUUGUUGAACCGCAGCUCUCAGCAUUCCUCACUAAUGGCUAUGCUGGCUAAAGCUGACAGGUCUUGGCUGCACAGUGUUCACAUUUUUUAAAGCCCGCCUUGUAGACAGCUUUCCCUCAGGCCUCUUCACUCCUACAAAUGCUUCAACCUUUGAGGCAUUUGUAAAUUACAGAUGCUUAAUUUCUGGAAAUUCUGAAGAAUGAGAGAUAUAUGUAUUUAGCAUGAGAGGACAGAUCUUAUUUAUGGAAUUAUUCUGACACCUUAACAUCUGAAAUUUGUACUUGUUUAUCAGUCUUGAGUAUACCUGUCCAACUCAGUUAUGAGAAAAUUAGCUUGUCCUGUCAUGAUUACAUAGUUAUAAAAUAUAUUCAUGGUUGUCAGCAGUUAAAUAAGGUAUAUUUUCAAGUGCCUAACCCUAACACCUUGAUAAAACUAUAUUAUUUGUUUCUUGGUAAACUGUUAAACAGCUACUGCAGGACAACAUUGAAAAGGCACAUACAACUUCAAGCAAUACUACUAACAUUCAAUUCUUCCUAACCUUGUGUCUCCAUAGUUACUAAACUACAACUCCCGUUACACAAAAUAAUAUUGACCAUGCUAAGAAUAAUGAGAGUUGCAAUCCAGCAGCAGCUGGGCACUCAAGGGCACCACACCUGGGACAAAUUUAAUUUCCACUCCGCAUUAUGGUGGACCCCUUGAAAUGAAUGGGAUCUGCUGUGGCUGAGCAUGCAUUUGAGCCCUGGUCUCUCAGGGUCCUCCUAGUCCAGUAAACUACACCAUGCUGGCUCUCAAGUGCAUGCAUAAGACCCCUCAAAACUAAAUCAAAAGCUGGAAUGGUGCAGCCCUUGAGAUACUUUUGGAACUCCAUCUCCCAGCAGCAUUAAUUGGCAUAGUCAGUGGUGAGGGGUGCUGGGAGCUGCAAUUCAACAUCUGGAGGACUGCACAUAUUCCAUCCUUGUCCUAAAUGAACCCAUCAUGACAUGACAGAUGUUGUAUUAGCUCUCAUGGAUACAUCACAGACAACAAAGUGCUGGUGUCUGCGAAUCUCAUACAACCUAACUCCACACACCAUCUGAUGAUUUAUGUGGGAAUUAAAAAAAAAAAGCUCCUCCAGAGUAACCUGGAAAAUCUAUGUCUGGAUUCUGCAGCAAAUGGAAACAAUUCAUUGUGUGCAUCAAUAGUUCUCUUCUAAAAAUACAAUUUCUCUUCCUUGUUAAGACU